AUGGCAUCUAUGUCAUUUGGAAACAACUACGGCUUCCAGGUCGGGAUAAGUAACGGCCCCAUAUCAGCGACAUUCUUGGCACCAGUAGAGAGACCAGAAACUCCACCUAGCCCUCUAUCCACUGUACCAUUUCCUCAAGAUCCAGAUUUUGUUGGUCGGGACGCACUACUUCAGCGCAUUCGUGAGAAAGCCGCAGCUCCAGGAUCGGCAGUUGCACUUAUAGGACUGGGUGGAGUGGGGAAGACGCAACUUGCCAUCGAAUACCCCUAUCAAAUCAGGCGAGAACAACCAGAUACCUGGGUCUUCUGGGUUCAUGCAAGCAACCCGGAUCGCUUUAAAGAAAGCUUCUGCGAUAUUGCAGACCAGGCUAAAAUUCCGGGUCGCAAGGGCCGUCAAGUUUAUAUUUGUUCACUGGUCCGAAACUGGCUCCGAAACGGCGUGAAAGAGAAAUGGGUUCUCAUUCUUGACAACAUUGAUGAUGAUGUGCUUCUUCGUGGGCGACAAUCAGCAAGAAGUAUGAAAACACAGGCGACUAGUCAAGGUAAUACAAGCUCAACACAUCCACUGUUGGGGUUCAUCCCUCGGACCUCAAAUGGAACACUCAUUGCUACCAGUCGCAAUAGGAAGAUUGCACUGGAGCUAGUCGCCCAUGAUGAUAUCAUCAUGGUUGAGCCCAUGACAAGAUCAGAGGCAUCCCAGCUUCUACAAAAGAAGCUAAGUCGCAAAGAGAGACCUCAGAGGCAGCGGGCAUAUUCGAAAAUCAAUCCUGCCGCGGUCAGCCUGCUAUCUUUGAUGAGUUUCUUCGAUCUACAAGGAGUUUCUGAAAGCCUUCUUCGGGGAAGCUCGAAAAAGACCGCUAUAAAUUCGAAUGAAGAUGAAGACAGCAUGUCCGAAACCGACGCUGACCAAGAUUUCGAGGAUGACAUCACGGUUCUCAGGGACUAUUCACUUAUUUUCGUCACAGAGAACGGUAUGCUCUUUGCGCUACAUCGACUCGUGCAACAUUCUGUGCAAAGAUGGCUGAAGGUGCAUGCUUAG